AUGUCCGAAUCAUUUGCUUUCCUUCGCCAGCGUCGCUCUGACGAGCUCGCCAAGCUUGCCGACGAGCACAUCCAGCAUGACCUCCAAGCCGGGGAUCGCGAUACACUCAAAGCAGCUGCCUCCUCAAUUUCAUUGUGGACAACGGUUGGAUCGGCAGUUGGUGUUAGCAUUGGGUUAUUCGCAGCUAUGCGACUACGCAGCACGCGCCGGGCGUUCUUUUCGGCGAUUCGGGCCCAGGAACGUCCCACCAAGGUUGUCUUUGAGGAUGGAAGGACCGAGUCUAUCCCGGACCUCACACCAUUGCUGAAACCAACCACUCUUGGAGACUUUGCAACCUACUUCUUCGCUUCGGCCGGCGGACUACUUUUGGGUGGAGAACUUGGUAAGAUAUACCGCUGA